AUGGCAUCGCUGCGCCGGCUCCGCAGCGUAGGAUGUGGCAGCAACUGGUCACGGUGCAUGAGAUCGCGAGAAGCAUCAAGAUGCUUCGCAACUCAGGAGGCAGCACACCAUGGCAGUGGUGCUCGCAUUGGCCUUGCAACAAGCUCUGAGCUCACCCUGGCACUGCGUCUCACCGUGGGCGCGGGUGCCCUGGGCCUUGGGCUCGGUGCUGUUGCAGCCUUAGCGUGGUGGCAGCUGCCUCGAAUCCAAGCAGUACUUCAUCCUCAAGAAGAGGCCUUGAGCUUCUGGGAGAGGUUGCUGGGUCCGCAACACCCAGCAGAUCGCAUCUUUGACGGUGCAGAUCUGGACAGAGAUGGACGCUUAGAUCGACGAGAGCUGGCACAAUACAUGAUGAGUUGUGGGAUCAUGGACAUGAGCGGCUUCAAUGCCAUCUGGGAAGAGAUCAACACGGAAAGUUCCGAAGCGAUUUCUCGAGAGGAGUUCCGCAGCUUCCACGACAAUGCGGAGCGCAACUUCUAUCUGAGCCUGUGGCGCAGCUUGUUGGCAGAUCCCAGUUUCCUGGGCAGCGCUUUGUACCUCAGCGGCUCCGUGCUCUUCGCUGCCAUGCCUUACUGGUCGCGCGUCAGCCCUGCCACCAUCACCAAGUUGGGACAGGUUUUCUACAUCUUUGGAGGGAUCCUCUUCCUGUCCCAGACACUGGAGACGGGGAGUAGUCAGGCUUCAUCAGACGUGGCCCAUUGCCCUUUGGUCAGUGAACAUGUUAAGUGCUGUGAUCAUGUUUUGUGCAGAACCAGCUCCAAUCUUUUCCACAGGUGUUACUGA